AUGAAUGCACCUGCUUCUUUCGAGCCUUUUUUGUUAGCUGACGGAGAAAAAAAGAUAUCUUUUGAGAAGGAUACACAGGUCCCAAAUGCUGCGAUUUUCACUCUUAACAGAGAAGAUCACACUUGUUUGUCCUGUUUCCUUCAUUUUGAGUGCAAUCAACAUUUAGGAGAUGAAGAACAGGGUUGGUUAUGA